AUGUCAGAGAUGGUUGGGGGCUAUUCUGAGGCCCAGCCUGCCACUCCAGAAAUCCAGCGUAUUGUUGACGAGGUGAAGCCACAAUUUGAAAACCAGGCAAACAGGAAAUGUGAUGUCUUUAAAGCCACAGAAUAUCAGACUCAGGUCGUUGCUGGGACGAACUACUGUAUUAAGAGGUACAGCCUGCCGGCCAGUUCCUUCUAUAUUUUCCAAACCCACUUUCGUUGCGGAGGAAAACCGGAGCCACCCAUCAUGUCAGAGAUGGUUGGGGGCUAUUCUGAGGCCCAGCCUGCCACUCCAGAAAUCCAGCGUAUUGUUGACGAGGUGAAGCCACAAUUUGAAAACCAGGCAAACAGGAAAUGUGAUGUCUUUAAAGCCACAGAAUAUCAGACUCAGGUCGUUGCUGGGACGAACUACUGUAUUAAGGUCCAAGUUUCUGACGUCGAGUAUGUCCACUUAAAGGUGUUUCAGAGCCUUCCUUAUGAGAACCAAGGUCCCAGCCUUGUCAGUUUUCAGACUGGCAAAACCAGAGAUGAUCCCCUGACCUGCUGA